UAACAUCCUCAUUCAUAAAGGGGUUUUAAAAUUAGCCGAUUUCGGAUUAUCACAACGCAUCGUUCAAUCAACCAGGUCUAGAACUACAAGUAAAAUUCUUGGAAUAGUGCCAUAUAUCGACCCUGAGUGCUUCAUGCAAGAGGAUGAUCAAGACGGAAUAUCUCGUAGACGUAGAAUAAAUAAAAAAUCAGAUGUUUAUAGUGUUGGUGUUCUUUUGUGGGAAAUAUCAAGCGAAAGGCCACCAUUUGAAGGUUAUGAUCUGACGACCCUACCAUCCAGGAUAAUAGAAGGUCUGAGAGAGAAACCAAUUCCUGGUACAAAUGAAAGAUAUAUUGCCAUUUAUGAAAGGUUAAACGAUAUUGUCAACCCUUUUUAUAAAGAUCUUUCUUAUCAUGAUGUCCCAGUUAGUGAAAUUGAUAUAUCUGAAUUUAGAGACUUCUUUAAGGAAUAUGUCAAUACUAUUUUCGAUGAACCUUUGACAGUUCCACCAACUCCAGAAUCUCAUGCCAAUGAACAAGAUCCUAAAGCUACCUUUAUAAAUGAACUUUACUUGAAUUUUUGUAACAUGUUUAACAAAGGUAUGUCCGUUCCUAGGACAAUUAAAAAAUAUAUAUCUAAAAAUGGAAAAUCAGAAAGUGUUGUUUUAAAUUGGUUAUAUCUUAAAAAUGAGCCAAAAUAUGUUUGUCUUCGCGGAAUAUUCUAUAUGUGGAAUAUUGGUACGGAAGAAGAAAAUAAGAUGGAUGUAUUUAGUUUAUUCCUCGAUGCUGGAAAUAGAAAUGAUGCGGUUGCACAAUAUUUUAUUGGAAGAUUUUUCGAAGUUGGUUGGAACACCAAGAAAAAUUUGAAAAAGGCAGUUGAAUGGUAUAAUAAGGCAAUUAAAAAUGGAUCCACAGCAGCGGAACGAAUACUUGGAGAUUAUU